AUGACCGCCUUCACCACCUUACACGCUACAUGGGACCUGGAAGUUCUCAACAACCGCAUUCGCGCCGAAUUCUUUCUCCCUGGCACACUGCUCCACCCAGAUGGCUCACCAAUUACUAUUGAUGACAGACAUCCCGGUGUAGAAAAAAAAAAAAAAAAAAUCAACAACGACAACAACAACAACAACAACAACAACAACAACAACAACAACAACAACAACAACAACAACAACAACAACAACAACAACAACAACAACAACAACAACAACAACAACAACAACAACAACAACAACAACAUAGCCAUCUAA